AUUUUAUUCAUUCAAUCCUUUAUAUGUAAUAUUUACAACGAUUUUACAAAAACCGGUAAAUCUACAGAAUAUAAUAUUGUCCAUCAUAUUAAACAGAAUGUCAUCCGCGUUAAGUUAAUAUUUUGACACCAAUUUCCGAACGAAAAUCGUUUUGACAUUGACAUUUGGCUGGUUCCGGUCUUUUCUCCGUUCCCUUUGCAAUCAUGGCGGUGAACAAUAUUUCCAAAAAGCGAAAAUUCGUCGGUGACGGAGUUUUCAAGGCGGAACUCAAUGAGUUCCUCACUCGGGAGUUGGCUGAGGAUGGCUACUCCGGCGUGGAGGUGCGUGUCACCCCUACCCGGUCGGAGAUCAUCAUCAUGGCCACCAGGACACAGAGCGUGCUCGGAGAGAAGGGCCGCCGCAUCCGCGAGUUGACUUCGGUCGUGCAGAAGCGGUUCAACAUCCCGGAACAGUCCGUGGAGCUGUACGCUGAGAAAGUUGCCACCCGUGGUCUCUGCGCCAUCGCUCAGGCCGAAUCUUUGAGAUACAAACUCAUUGGAGGUCUGGCCGUCCGUCGUGCGUGUUACGGUGUGCUGCGUUUCAUCAUGGAGUCUGGAGCCCGCGGUUGCGAGGUAGUGGUUUCCGGCAAGCUGCGUGGUCAGAGAGCCAAGUCCAUGAAGUUCGUAGAUGGACUCAUGAUCCACUCCGGUGACCCAUGCAAUGACUAUGUAAACACUGCAACCAGGCACGUACUUCUCAGGCAAGGAGUGCUGGGAAUUAAGGUCAAAAUCAUGCUCCCGUGGGACCAACAGGGCAAGAACGGCCCCAAGAAGCCGCAGCCGGACCACAUCCUGGUGACGGAGCCCAAGGACGAGCCCGCUCCCCUGGAGCCCACGAGCGACAUCCGCUCGCUUGCGCCCGCGCCGCUGCCGCAGCCCGUCGCCGCCGUCGCCUAGUUCUUAAGACUAAUAUAAAAAUAUUGAAAAA